GUGCGCGGACCCGGCAGACCCGGCCCACAGCCCCCAUGGAGGGUGCCAUGCAGCUGCUGAGCCGGGAGGGCCACACCGUGUCCCACAACUCCAAGCGGCACUACCACGAUGCCUUCGUGGCCAUGAGCCGCAUGCGGCAGCGCGGCCUCCUGUGCGACAUCGUUUUGCAUGUGGCCGCCAAGGAGAUCCGAGCUCACAAGGUGGUGCUGGCCUCUUGCAGCCCUUACUUCCACGCCAUGUUCACAAAUGAGAUGAGCGAGAGCCGCCAGACCCACGUGACCUUGCAUGACAUCGACCCUCAGGCCUUGGACCAGCUGGUGCAGUUUGCGUACACGGCUGAGAUUGUGGUGGGCGAGGGCAACGUGCAGACUCUGCUCCCCGCUGCCAGCCUUCUGCAGCUGAACGGCGUCCGUGACGCCUGCUGCAAGUUCCUGCUGAGUCAGCUGGACCCCUCCAACUGCCUGGGCAUCCGGGGCUUUGCCGACACGCACUCGUGCAGCGACCUGCUCAAGGCGGCACACAGGUACGUGCUGCAGCACUUCGUGGACGUGGCCAAGACGGAGGAGUUCAUGCUGUUGCCGCUAAAGCAGGUGCUGGAACUGGUCUCUAGUGACAGCCUGAACGUGCCUUCAGAGGAGGACGUCUAUCGUGCCGUCCUGAGCUGGGUCAAGCACGACGUGGAUGCUCGGAGGCAGCACGUCCCACGGCUGAUGAAGUGUGUGCGUCUGCCCCUGCUGAGCCGCGACUUCCUGCUGGGCCACGUGGACGCCGAGAGCCUGGUGCGGCACCACCCUGACUGCAAGGACCUGCUCAUCGAGGCCCUCAAGUUCCACCUGCUGCCAGAGCAGAGAGGCGUGCUGGGCACGAGCCGCACUCGGCCCCGACGCUGUGAGGGUGCCGGCCCCGUGCUCUUCGCUGUGGGUGGCGGGAGCCUGUUCGCCAUCCAUGGGGACUGUGAAGCCUACGACACACGUACGGACCGUUGGCACGUGGUGGCCUCCAUGUCCACACGCCGAGCCCGGGUGGGCGUGGCGGCAGUCGGGAACCGGUUGUACGCAGUGGGCGGUUACGACGGGACUUCAGAUCUGGCCACCGUGGAGUCGUACGACCCUGUGACCAACACCUGGCAGCCCGAGGUGUCCAUGGGCACGAGGCGCAGCUGCCUGGGAGUGGCUGCCCUGCACGGGCUCCUGUACGCAGCCGGUGGCUACGAUGGGGCCUCCUGCCUCAACAGUGGUCCUGUUGUCCGCAGUGCCGAGCGCUAUGACCCCCUGACGGGAACCUGGACGUCCAUCGCCGCCAUGAGCACCCGCAGGCGAUAUGUCCGUGUUGCUAUGCUUGAUGGCAACCUGUAUGCGGUGGGCGGUUACGACAGCUCCUCACACCUGGCCACUGUGGAGAAGUAUGAGCCCCAGGCGAACACGUGGACACCGGUGGCCUCCAUGCUGAGCCGGCGCAGCUCGGCUGGCGUGGCAGUGCUGGAGGGGGCGCUGUACGUGGCCGGCGGCAACGACGGCACCAGCUGCCUCAACUCUGUGGAGAGAUACAGCCCCAAGGCCGGCGCCUGGGAGAGCGUGGCGCCCAUGAACAUCCGAAGGAGCACCCACGACCUGGUGGCCAUGGAUGGGUGGCUGUAUGCCGUGGGGGGCAACGAUGGCAGCUCCAGCCUCAACUCCAUCGAGAAAUACAACCCGAGGACCAACAAGUGGGUGUCGGCGUCCUGCAUGUUCACGCGGCGCAGCAGCGUGGGCGUGGCGGUGCUGGAGCUGCUCAACUUCCCGCCUCCAUCCUCGCCCACACUGUCCGUGUCGUCCACCAGCCUCUGACCACGGCGGGACUGACAGGCUCGCCCACAGCCUCCCACAUGCCUUAAGCCCCACGGGGGCCAGCGCCUCCCUGCCCUCCACCGUGCAUCGGGGUUGGGUUCCCCACCAGGGACGCCCUGUACCGUCUGUCCACAUGUCUGUGUCCACUCCGCAGUGUUCACUUAUGUGUGUGCGUUUAUUUAUGCGUGUGUGUAUUUAUUCAGUAUUUAUUGAUGAUUAGUGCCCCAGCUACCAGUUCAUACGAUUGCUCUGGAAGUUUCUGCGUCUCUGGGACCAAGCUGCCAUCCGGGUGUCCUGCCCUCUCGCUGGGGGUAGACACUCAAGGGAUGUGGGUCAGGGCCAACUCGGACUCUGCAGAUCUGGGGGGACCAAGGGGUAGAUGCAGAGCCACGGGUGGGGGGAGGGGGCCUUCUGAGCAGGUGCAGACCCCCAGCCUCCACUUGGCACAGGCCCUGGCCUCAAGGGCAAGGCGUGCUGCGGGAGGCCGGCGGGGGUGGGCCUUCCUGCCUGUGGGCGUGGCGUCUCCUGGAUCCUGCACUGAGCUGGCACCGCGGGUGCCCCAGACCCCUCAGCAAUAUGAGCCGCCUUGGACAAUAAACGUGUUCCUCGGGCUCUG